CCCCGCAGUUUCACGAUGUGGUUUUUCUCCCGCGAUCCCGCUCGGGAUUUCCCGUUCGAGCUGUGCCCCCCCGAGCCCCCCCCGGACCCCGACCCGGACCCGGACCCGGACCCGCACCCGGACCCGCUCUGGCGGCUGCAGCCGGGGCGCCGCAAGGCGGACGGCACCCCCGUUUCGGUGUUCACCCACACCCUGGGGGACGCGGGGGACGCGGCGCUGGCACGGGCGGCGCUGAGGCGGCUGCGCACCCUGCGGCACCCCGCGAUCCUGGGCUACCUGGACAGCCUGGAGACGGAGCAGACGCUGUUGGUGGUGACAGAAGCGGUGACGCCGCUGCGGCUGCACCUGCGCCGGUGCCCCCCCCGCGCCGACGGGGGGUGCCAGGAGGUGGCCUGGGGGGUGCACCGCCUGCUGACGGCGCUGUCGUUCCUGGGGGGUUCGGGGCUCGUUCACCGCUCUCUCGGCGUCGGCGCCGUCUUCGUGGAUCCGGGGGGGGAAUGGAAACUUGGGGGGCUCGAAAGGGUGGGGGGGACAACGGAAGAGCCCCCCCCGCUGCCCCCCGGCACCCCCCCCCGCCCCCAGGACCCCCCCGAGCUCAGCGACCCCUCCCGAGGCCGAGGGGAGCCCUGGGCGGGGGAUAUGUGGCGCCUCGGGUGCCUCAUUUGGGAGGUGUUCAAUGGACCUCUGGCGCGAGCGGCGGAGCUGCGCUGCCUCGACAGGCUGCCGCAGUCGCUGCUGCCGGAGUUCUGCGAGUUGGUGGCGGCGGAGCCGCGGUUGCGUCCGGCGCCGGAGCGGCUGCUGCAGCGCCUGCAGCUCCCGGGGCGCUUCCUCCACUGCGCCCUCGUCCGCUCCGCGCACUUCCUCGAGCGCUUCCAGGUGGAAGAGGCUCCGGAGCGCCGUCGGUUCCUCUCGGAAUUGGGGUCCCUUUUGCCGUCUCUGCCUCCGUCCUUCCGGCGCCACAAAGUGCUGCCGCGGCUCCUCCACCACCUCCGCUUCGGCACCGCCGACGCCGACGCCCUCGCACCCCUCCUGCGGGUGGCGUCGGAGCUGCCGCCCCCCGAGUUCGAGGCGCAGAUCCUCCCGGUCCUCGUGCGCCUCUUCUCCUCCCCCGACCGCGCGCUGCGCAUGCGGCUGCUGCAGCAGCUCGAGCUCUAUGUGGAUCUCCUCCCCGCGGACGUUGUGGACUCUCAGAUUUUCCCCCACGUGGCUCAGGGGUUCCUCGACGCCAACGCCGCCAUCCGCGAGCAGACGGUCAAGUCGAUGGUGCUGCUGGCGCCGAAGGUGGGGGAGGGCCGUCGGGGGGGGCAGCUGCUGCGGCUGCUGCUGCGCGUGCAGGGGGGCGACGGCCUCGGACCGCUGCGCUGCAACGCCACCCUCUGCCUGGGGCGCAUCGCCCCCCUCCUGCCGCCCGCGGCCCGUUCCGGGGUGCUCCCGGGGGCUCUGGCGAGGGCCACGCGGGACCCUUUUCCGCCCACGCGUUGCGCGGCCGUCGCCGCCUUCGCCGCCGCUCGCGGCGUUUUCUCCGCGCGGGAUUUGGCCCUUCGGGUUCUGCCGCCGCUCUGCGCUCUCACCGACGACCCCGACCCCGGCGUCAAGGCCCAGGCCAUUCGCGCCAUCCGCAGUUUCCUGGAUCACCUCGAGGCGGCGCCGGAGAGCGCAGGGAGCCCCGAGGGGGCGCCCCCCGGUGGAGGCGCGGGGGGGGGCGCUUUGGGCGCCGCCGUCUCGUGGGCCGUCAGCGCCAUCACCGCGCGGAUCAUGGGGGGAGAAGGGGCCCCCCCGGGAACCCCCCCGGCACCCCAAAAAGAGCCCCCCCAAGAGGCGCCCCCCUCCGAGGAGCCCCCCCCGCAGGACCCCGACGGCUGGGACGAUUGGGGGAGCCUCGAGGACAUGGAGCCCCCCCCGAGCUCCCCCCCCCCCAACAGCCAAGAAGAUGGGGGACCCCCCCCAGAGCCCCCCCCACCGGACCCCCCCUCCUCCCCUCCUGCCCCCCCACAACCCGAGGACGGGGAUUGGGGGGUGGGGGGGGAGUGGGGCAGCGACGACGCUUGGGAGGCUCUGCCCCCCCCCACAGAGCCGCCCCCCUCGGCCUCGCGGCGCCCAGAGCCGAAGCGUCGCGGGGCUCCUCGUGGCCCCCCCAAACUGGGCCCCCCCAAACUGGGGGCGCGGAAACGGGACUGAAGGGGAGAAGGAAGAGAGGAGGAA